UACCUUAUAAGUACAAUAUCAUUAAUUUUUUUUUUUUUUUUUGUAUGAAUGUUAUAAGAAGUUGAUGAUGAUAUUAGAUUAGGUUAAGUUUGCAGAGACAAUUUUGUGGAUCCACAUAAAAAUUGCUCUGGGAAAAAGGAGCUUCUAAGAAAAUGUUAUUUACAAUUGAAAAAUAUGUGAUUAGGGUGGGUUCACGAUAUUUACGACGAUAUUUUUCGAGAACUGUUGAUGCUACAAAGCUUGACUCGCAAACAUUUAUACGGCAAUCCGAUGACACUUCUACGUCGAUACGUCGAGAAAGUCAGAAAUCUCUGAGGAUCGCUAUCUUGGGUGCACCGAAUGCUGGAAAAAGCACUCUCGUUAAUCAACUUAUUAAAAGAACGGUAUGUCCUGCAUCUUCCAAAGUGCAUACCACACAGACUAAAGCAGAUGCAAUUUAUUGCGAAAGUGAUACUCAGUUAAUAUUUAUGGAUACACCUGGUGUGGUUUCCACGACUGAAUGUAAACGAUACAACUUAGCCAAUACAUUUAAAAAUGAUCCAAAAGUCUCCUUGGCAGUGGCAGAUAUUGUAGGGAUUGUACAAGAUGCACAGAAUAUGUACACUAGACACAACAUUAAUUCAAAUAUAUUAGAAAUAUUGACAGAGAAGAUAUUAAAGAAGAUUCCUAUGAUUUUGAUCUUGAACAAAAUAGAUAAAUUGAAAAAGAAAGAGGUGUUAUUGCAGCUUGCAAGCACUCUGGUAAAAAAGAAGGACUCUUUAAAAUUUUCCGAUGUAUUUAUGGUGUCUGCUUUGACCGGAGAUGGCAUUGAUGAUUUGAGGACUUAUUUGCUGGAUUCAGCUAAACCACGAGACUGGCAAUAUGAAGAACACAUGUACAGUAAUCACAAGUGUGAGGAUAUAAUACAGCAGACAGUGCGGGCAAAGCUGAUGGACAUGUUACCACAUGAAAUUCCAUAUUCCUUGAAGGUGAAAUUGGAACACUUUGAGCCAGGACCUGAAGAUAGUGUUAUGGCGAUGGUGUCUGUUGCAUGUCCCAAAAAGAAUAUUGCUAAACUCCUAUUGCGCAAGAAUAAAACAUUUGGUAAUAGAAUAAAACAAGUUGCUGUUAUGUCAGAACAGGAACUGCGUCAUGCCUUUCGAACACCAGUGAGAUUAAAACUAAUAGUGAACUUUCCAACAUAAUUCAAUUCGCAUUUGUAAAAUAAAGUUAUUUGUAUAAUAAAGUUGAUAAUUACAGAAUCGAA